AUGGCACCGAAGUUGUCAUUGCAGUUCAACUCCUCAUUUGACGGGCAAAAAUCGCCUGAAGUGCUGAGUGACUUUGACCAGUCCACGUCCCCAGAAUCCAGUCCCUCCAUCGUCAGUCCUCACGAAACCAAGGCCCAAGACUGGGGGGACCAUGGAAGAUACAGUCCUCGAGCGGUGGUAGCUAGCCGCUUUGGUGAACUGGCAAUACGGGGCGAUUUCCAGCUCCCCGAUCGCAGUCUCCACCAAGCCAACCUUCCUCCUUUUUACCAGACAAAUGGCUUUUCAACACAAUAUUCUGGUCUUCAUGGCGCUCAUGACAUGAACGAGUUGGCCCCUUCAGCAGAAAUACAGCGCCAUUCCCCACAUCCAACUUCGCUUGACGACCAUGGUCCUCCUACCUCGGACUCAGUCGCCAAUGCUGAGUUCCAUCCGCAACCAGCAGAAUCAGUGAGAAAUUCAAAACAACUGUCUAAAAACCCACGGAAAACGAAGCGAAGUACGAGUGUUCCUGCAUCUAUAAGGGCGGCAAGAGAACGCAGCUCCUCACCAUCACUUCCUGGAGAUCCGGAGCAUGAUUUACUCACUUGGAGCGACUCCGAAAUAACCGGCCACAUUCCAACGGAUCCUGACGAUGAUGGGUAUGGGAUCAACGGUAUAGGCUUUAAGCCCACUGCAGCGAUUGCUUGGUCUCGAUCGCAGAAAAGACAGAAGCAAGUUGCAGAAUGGAAGAGCCGAGAAGCAAAAGAAGCGCGGGAGAGGCGAAGAGAACGGCGGGUUGGCAACGACUUAGAUAAGUUACGAACGGUUCAGUCAGGCUCUAUACAAAAGAAGGUCAAAUUCGACGUUUGA